AUGACACAAUCAUCGAAAGAUUUGGGCGAAUCACUCAGCAUCGGUCAUAGAACGACCUCGACUGGUAACAUCAAAUCUGGGGCAAACUUCAAUCAAUACAAUGUUGAGUCGAUACUGCCAUUCCCAACUCUAGAACAUCGAAAAGGUGGUGUCAUUCAUAUAAAACCACCCCAAGCAACUAAUGCCACUAGCCACGUGAAUACCACUUCCUCAAAAGAUACAACAUCUGGUCCAAUUACCAGGAAACGAUCUGAUUCCAAAUCGCAAGUUGUCAACUAUCCAAUGAACAUAAAGACUACACGAGAUAGCUUGGAGACAAACUCAUAUAUCUAUUCAUCAGCUCCAUCAUCUAAUCCAUCCGCCAGUUCCCAACCUCGAAAAAGGGCCCAAAUGCAGUACUAUGUAACACUAAUACCUUUGAAUGACACAUUUGUUGAAAAACAUUUACCUGUCGCUAUAUUUCCAGAAACCACAAAGCUAGGUCGACCCACAGGAACAAAGCACAAACCAGACAUGUCCAAUGGGUAUUUUGACUCGCGAGUGUUGUCUCGUAACCAUGCUCAAAUUUAUAUAGACCCGACAACGGGGAGGCUAAUGUUACAAGAUUUGGGAUCAUCAAAUGGAACAUAUCUCAAUGAUUCUAGGCUUGGCAAUGAACCAACUGAGGUUAAGAUUGGAGACAUAGUUUGUCUUGGUUUCAACGUUCAGGCUGAAUCAACACAUAAGCAAAUCAGUCUCCGGAUCGACAACAUCAAUGUGAUUGCCAACACUAAAUCGGAUCUGAAAUUCGCAAGCAAGUCACAGCUAGACACCCCAGAGUUCAAACACUUGUCAUUCAUAGAGGACAUCUAUCGCAAAAUUAAUGAUGAUGGGAUACGAAGCAAGCAAUGCCUGUCCGAUAGUUUUGAUAGUGCACUUUAUGGAGAUAUAAAUCCAACUCUAGAAGACGAUUUGUUAGGCUUGUAUUCGUCAACAAAUUCAGGCAUAUACAACAACUCUCAAAUCACAAACACAGGGGCACUUGAGAGUAUGGUUAAUACGUUGAUGUCAAACUUCACCAAAGUCAAACAACAAGCUUCUGCUUUAAGCUCAUUGCGAACUUUCUUGCUCAACUAUCAAAAAGAAUUAGACAGCUUAAAUGAGACAUAUUUAGAAAACCAAUAUAAGCUAAAAGUACAAGGAGUCAAGGAUGAAUUGGAAUCAGAAAGGAUAAAGACAAAAAAAUUAGACGAACAACUAGUGAAAGCGAGGGCAGAGUAUGCUACAAAAUUGGAGAUCAUUAGUAAAGAUUUGAAGUCAAAAGAUCAUGAGGAAUCACGUUUACGAAAAAGAGUGCAAUCAUUGGAAGAGCAAGCUCAGAAAUUGGAAUCAGAAGCUUCAUCUGCAGCAGCAGUUAUAAGUAAUCUCAAACAAGAGCGGGAUAACUUGCAAUUGUUGCUCAAUGAACGACAGCCAAGCCUGACCAAAGUGUUGAAAGAUACUUCUACUUCUACUGCCGAUGACGACAUACUUGAAAGUGGGCACGAUCUAAUUUCCGACGCUAUAAAUGGAUUCAUAAUGGAUUUGUCGCGCACUCCUUCAGUUAGGGAUAGUGCCAAAUCCUUAGACUCCAGAAAUGGUACCUCACUCAAGGACGCUAUAGAGCUAACCCCACCACUGUCUGAUCACGAAGGAAGCUCCGAUGAGCUAGAUUUGCAUACAAGUGCGACUAAUAGUCGCCGCCCCUCAAGAGAUUUACCCAUUGAAAAUCUUUCAUCGUCGUCGGUGAUUACGACAAACUACAUACCUAAUGAUGUUGAACCGUUUCCAAAAGUUGAAGACUUCCCAUCACUGGCGUCCUCAAGCUCAAUCCUGUUGAACAGAGAAAUGCAACCAUCUACAAAGUAUCAUGAUAAACUUUCAUUCAUUAAACUAUCUGGCGAAAACAAAACCGUAGUGCUGAAUCUAGCAAUAGCCACUUCGGUGCUACUAGUUGGUGUUUACUUAUAUCGUCUAUUGAAUUAG